AUGCGCAGCAAGACGGGUCUGCUGGCACUGCAAGUGAGUCUGCAGCUCCGCUAUCUCUCAUCCACGCAACAUUUCCGCAGACGCCUAGCGAACGCACGAAGAGGCAACCCUGAGAAACUAUCCGAGGCUGAAGAUGGAGACGCUCCUCCGCCUACCGCUCGCCUCGACAGAGAGUUCUUUUUGCCGAUUGCAGCUUUCGAGAGCACGAAUGCGAGAGUCCACGCGGAACUGUUCCAGGAGCUGAAGCGGCACUAUCGCGUUUCCGCCGCUACGGCCUUGCUUACUGCGUCCACCAUGCUUGCGCGAAGAGCUCCAGUUUGCGCAUUUCACCAGCAUUUCGCCACCGUCGACGUGAGGAAUCAUGUUCGCCGAAAUGUAGUGUCCAGGCUGUGUACGCUACCGGACCAGCAUGUCCUUCUCGACAGAGGCCUUCCGGAGUUAUUCAAGCUGCCCGGAGAGCCGCAGCCAGAAAUGCAACCACGACCAUUGACAAGGACACCUGUAAAAUCUACUCACCUGCAAGAGCCCGUUCAGAACCAGGACCAGGGCGAAAAUGCAGCAUACCGAGCGUCCUCUCAGGAGGCUGACGCCCACUGGCUCGGAAGGGCUCCGAUUCGUGACCACGCGCCGGUCUGGGGACUUGUUGACAAAAGCAUUCCGCCACACCACACGAGUGGCCUCGAUUUUGAUCGGACUUCGAACCUGCGUGCCCCGGCCUCUACAAGUGGUGGAACCGAAAGAGUGCCUGGGGACACCGCAUUGGCCGCAGCGACGCACGAUGAAGAUCAUGGCGCGACUUUAACAGACUGCGAGAAAUUAAACAAUACUCAUGCUGCUCCUCCUACGAGCACCGAUGAAAUAGAAGCUGCUGCAGCCAAACCCGUCACUGAUCGUAUAGUGCGCGCUGUUCUUGGCCGCAGUGUGCAACGGAUUCUGGCAAUCAGGAAUGCAACGCAUUGGCCUCACGGAUUGAGUGGGCACUGCAACGGCUUCUACGCUGCCACGGGGUAUAACUGCCUGCGCGAUCCGGAGCUGGCACCCAGGUCUUCAACGAGAAAUGCCGAGCCCCCGCGGCCUCGUGCCGCAACGUCGUCUAUUCAGGCCGGUGGAGUUGCCCGUGAAGAUCCUGCGACGAGGACGAAUCGCGAAGAGACGUACGACGACGGCAGCAAGGGUUACUUUGCGAUUUUGCAGACCUUUGACCUGACCGCAUUUGCGUACGAUCAUCGCUGGACGAAGCAACGUAGCUUGUCGCUGUGGAGCGACACGAGGAAGAAAAGUUCCUACACGUUCUCAGAAAUCGACUUUUGGCAAGUCAACCGCGCGGCGCUGGACUACCUGGACACUUUUACGAAGAAGCUGACAACUGGCCUGUUUGGGAAACCCAGAGGGCUGGACCGAGUCCUGGCACUGCCCAAAGACACCCCGAACUUUCCGCUGACGGACGAGCUAGAGGAAAAACUGAAAGGACCACUGAAGGUAAAAAUACGGAGAGACUGGAGUCUGCGGAAGGACAUAUUGGCGCAGUACCACGACUCGCACUUUUUCGUGAAUUUCGUGACGAAGCAGAAUGCGUAUAACGUCAACACGGUGUUUCCGUUUCGCCUGCUUGCGUUUCUGCAACUUGCGAACGAGUACGAGGCGGUGUUGGCUCUCGAUUCGGAAUACCACAUCGUGCAGCCCUUUAUCAAAUGCAACUAUGUCUGGGUCUGCGUCUGGAAGAAUGCAAGACUUGUGAGGCUUGGCUGGCAGGACAGAAAUGAAAUGAAAAAUCUGCCAUGCCCAUGGCGAUCAUGCAGUGGCAUUUUUUGUUUCUCAUGUAAGAGCAAAACACCUUGUCAUGUUGUAGUAGUCUACGCUGCUCAAAAAAAAUCUGUUUUUGCUUUUCUGCCUCCUAUCGUGGUCUCGUCUGCUCACCAACAUAAACAUUCACACACUUGCAUGACAAGAUUCCACCAGAGGGCCCAGAAACAUUGUGCAAUGCAUACCCUUUCGCCUAUUCCAAUUGUUCGUGUUCGCGUCAGCAAAGGAAAACUUCGUCGCCCUGAUGCCCGGUCCCCCGCUGCACUUCAGCCUCUUGCUGGGCAGCGCGAUUACGUGGAACGCAACGCAGGCCGUGCAGGAAGCGUGGCGGCGCAUCGUCGCGCGCGUGUUUGACGGCAGGACCGGGGAGGAGCUCUAUCCGCCGCGCUACCUCAUGGAGUUCCUGCCCUGGAAACUAGCGCAGAAAGCGAAACGGAAGCAACUGCACGAACUGCAAUUCGUUAGGGCCGCCAGCCCCCUGGCGCAAAAUCGCAUCCACCCGCUGAGCUGGUCCAAGGAGAUCAAUCUCCGUGUGAGAAACGGCAGGAAAAUGUUUCGAGACAGGCAGGAAGCAUUUUUGGAUCGCUCAAAUUGGAAAUAUAGGGACGACGAGGCAGACAAGAAUUAUGACAGCGCAGAACAAAGAGCAGGACACGAUCAUCGUGAUGAUGCGUUGAACGCACCACUUGCGCUUCCUCCCAAAGAGCUGUCUCCGAAUGGAAAAAAAUUUCGGGGGCGAGAUUACUACACGCACAAUGUGUUCGGGCACCCAGAACCCUCGCACAAGUCGGUGCUGGCGACAAUCGGGCAUGAUGCGCCCUUGGUUUCGGUCUUCAGAAACGAAACAGGGGGUUGCCGGACGUCGAAAUGGCGAGGGAGAACUUCUGCCACCGCGGCCACCGGAGGGGCGACGAACUACAACGUGGAUGAAGACUCAUUACAGGAUCAGGAACAUCAUGAUCUGUUAUGCCGUGCCUGGAACGACCUUGAUCGCGGGUACUUCCUGGACGCGCGGAACGACUACUUCGCCGAGGACGCGGUGUACGACGAGGAUAACAGCCCUUUCCGCCAUACCUUCAGCCUGCAGGCGUUUCGGCACCACCUGGAGCACAAAGCAGCGACGACCAGUUCCAAGGAGCUGCUCCACCAGGACCCGAGCUCCUGGCUGUUUCUGCGGUUGGGCCACACACCCCACGAAGUGCCGAAAAACCACCUCCUCGGGGUUCCGGGGAACAACUGGUACGCGCCCUUCACCGGAUUGGCCCAGGGACUCUCCGGCUACAUCCUGACCCACAUACUCCCGCACUGGAAACAGAGGCAUACGAAGUUCAAGGAGUGGGCUGCUGCGAGGGAAGAAGUGUGGGCGCCGUGGUCCAGCAAUACUAAAGUAAAUGCUGGACGACGUCGCAGCGACGCAGUUGACGCGCAGACCACACGUAGGACGUCACAUGCUCCUGCGAAAGAUCCAGCACGCAGCAGCAGUGCACGUUCCCCUCCUGGAGAAGAUGAUCAUGAUGUCGAGCACAACACAAUGAAAGACGAGCACACAAACGCUGAGGAGGAAGGUCUGACUGUUCGUCUUCUCCCUAUGUGCCGGUGGGGGUACAUGGUACACACGUAUCCUGUGCAAAAGUAUCGUACUCGUAUAGAUGCAAGUCUUGCAUUUACAAAUCUUGUUGCCAAGGCAAAUCAGCAUGACAAAUUCCAUUUCUCUUGCUGAGGAAAUUUGUAAUGCAUUUAUACGAGUGCGAUACUUUUGCAAUAUAUAACACGGAAGAUGUCACUAUGUUCUGGUGUGAUGACGCACAUGGACCUCCAGUUUUGGUGCACAAGCCAGAUCACACCUUGCGGGCUUAUCUGCAAGACUGGGUCAACGAUGUCGACCAAAAGUGCUCGGACAGGGACGUCGCAUUUUUGGCACCGGAUUGAAAAUGGCAACAAGCGCGCUGCUAGUCGGCACGGCGCUAAUGCAAGAAUCGAUGUAUCUACUGGCAUGGAAGAUCCCGCCACUUCAUCAUCCGCAUUGCUGCAUUCGAUAUCGACAGCACGCCAUGAGGCACAGGCAUUUGUCC